UGCAACGCAACUUAAAGAAAAAUGGCUCGUGCUGUGUGGACCAAGCUUCUUUCGAACGACUCUAUCCGGAGGUCGUCGCAAACCCUAUCGGCCGUUGCAGGCAAUGCGUAUCUGUACGGCGGGGAGCUGCGGCCUCGUGAGCCGGUGGACUUGGAUGUGUAUCGCAUCACCCUAAACAACAAACGACCUUCAGAUACCAAAAUAUCCACAAUCAUCAGCACGUCCGAGAGCCCACAACCGAGAGUCGGGUCUGCAUCGACCACGAUCGAUGGCAAAGUCUAUAUCUUCUCUGGUCGUGGCGGCACUGCUAUGGCUCCGAUCGAAGAAGUCGGUUCAUUUUGGGUGUUUGAUCCAAGUGCCAGCACUUGGCUACAGGUGAAGCCCGCGGAUCCUCAAUCGCCACACCCAGCGGGACGCAGUUACCACGCUCUCGCGAGCAACGGCAAAGACACUAUCUUUCUGCACGCCGGUUGCCCUGAAAAGGGCCGGCUGUGUGAUUUGUGGGCUUUCAACAUUUUCACUUGUCAAUGGCGAGAGCUAGCCCCAGCCCCCGAGCCAGAAAGGGGUGGCACAUCCAUUGCUUAUGCGGAGGGAAAGCUCUUCCGGAUGAACGGCUUUGAUGGAAAGACAGAACAAGGCGGUGCAUUAGAUGUGUAUGACCCGGCAAACAACACUUGGAGCACCAUUGCAUACUCGGCGGAUGGAGUUUCCGGUCCAGGUGCGCGUAGUGUGAGCUGUUUGCUGUCGCUCAAAGUUACCGGGAAGCCGAGCCUUGUUACUAUGUUCGGUGAACGAGACCCUAGCAGCCUAGGACACCAGGGAGCAGGUAAAAUGCUUUCCGACGUGUGGAUCUUUGAUAUCCAGACUGGAAAGUGGACGGAAGUACAAGCGGAUGGCGAAAAUGCCCCCGAAGGUCGCGGAUGGUUCGACGCCGAUGUGAUUACAAAUGCUUCAGAGGAUAGUAUCGUUGUCCAUGGUGGACUGGCUGAGUCAAACGAGCGGCUCGGAGAUGUAUGGCGAUUGGACUUUUGAUACGACAGCUAGUCUUCUGUGAUGCCGGAUAAUUGUCAGGAUAGAACUUUACUUCCCAGAUUUCUCAGCAUACACUCUUACUUUUCCCAUCUUUAGCUAAAUCUUUAAACAUUUGGU